CUUAAAUGUCGUUCACGAGGCCCAUAAAUACCAGUGGGCAGUACCCAUUCAGAAUCAAGGGGUUUUGAGAGACUGAAAUUAGUUGUGCCGUGGCUGCAGAAAACGCAUUGUCUGGCUAACGCGCGAUAUCAGCUUUCUGUUUGAAAGAUGAGCUUGGGCAGAUUUAUCCCUCUUGCAAGCCAAAGUAAUCAAGAAAAUUUUCCGGUGCCAAGUAAGAUGGACGCCUCUCGGUUGCAGUUGGCUGCAAAACCAAAACAAAGGACCGUGCUGGGCGUCUUAAGUGAAAAUGAGCAGCACAACCGGUCGUGUCAGGGUGUCCUGCACUCCAAGCAUGGGUCAGCUUUGGAAAACGCAUGCCCUGGAGCCCCUAUGACGACCAUCCCCACCUGCCUCUCCACUUCUAGUUUUGGUAUCUAUGUUGACGAACUAAGUGAGGUUGUACAACCAGUCGCAAGCAAGAUGGUAUCUGCAGAGCCUGUAUUGCUUGAGGAGGACAUUGCUGCUAUGCAGCACAAAGACUUUAGACUUUUCCUGGACCUUAGCUCAGGAUCCUGUAUGGAUACCUCAAUGCAAUCUCAGCCUGAGGAUGACCCAUUGAAAGCUCAAGAUGUCUGGGCUGUAGCUGAAUAUGCAGAGGAUAUCCAUCAACACUUGCGAGACUGUGAAGUAAAAUGCAGACCAAAGGCUGGCUACAUAAGGAAACAACCAGACAUCACCAACUGUAUGCGGGUAGUUCUGGUGGACUGGCUCGUUGAGGUCGGCGAGGAGUACAAGCUGUGCGCAGAGACCUUGUAUCUGGCUGUGAACUACCUGGAUCGGUUCCUGUCCUGCAUGUCUGUCCUCAGAGGGAAGCUACAGCUUGUGGGAACUGCAGCAAUUCUCUUGGCUGCGAAAUAUGAAGAGAUCUACCCACCAGAAGUUGAUGAAUUUGUGUACAUUACUGAUGACACCUACACAAAGAAGCAGCUCCUACGAAUGGAGCACCUUUUCCUGAAGGUCCUUGCCUUUGACAUGACUGUGCCCACAACUCAUCAGUUCUUGAGGCAGUAUAUGGCUGUGGAAUCAGUCUGCAGCAAGACUGAGAACCUUGCCCUGUAUGUGGCUGAAUUGAGUUUGUUGGAAGUUGACCCCUUCCUGCUGUAUGUUCCAUCCAAGGUUGCUGCAGCAGCCUACUGUCUUGCAAACUACACAGUGAAUAAGGCCUUAUGGCCUGACUCCUUAUAUGCAUUCACUGGCUACACUCUAGUAGAAAUUGCACCAUGUUUGAAGGAUCUCCAUAAGCUGUACCUCUGUGCUGACUGUCGACCUCAGCAGGCCAUCAGGGAGAAAUAUAAGGCCUCAAAGUACUGCAGUGUGGCACUCAUUACUCCACCAGAGUCCCUGCCCCUGCACUGA